AUGUCUACGGCCGCUCCAAAGAAGAAUAUGAUGUGUUAUGUUCUCAUCAACACUCCUCCCGCUGGUAAUUGGAGGGGGGAGUACAGUUUUCCAGUAAAGGAGGAGGAAAAAGAAGAUGAUGCUCCCAUGUGGAUGUCGGCGUUGCUUUUGCCUGAAGCAAAAAAGGUCAAAAAGGAACCAGCGUCGCCAUCUAAAGCCGACAGGAAAACCAUGUCCGCACCAAAAGCCGACAAGAAGGUGGCGCCAACACAUAAGGCCAACAAGAAGGAGAUGCCAACACCUCAAGUGAACAAAGAACAAAUGUCAGCGCCUAAAGUCAACAAGAGGGCACUGCCAGAGCCUGAGGUCGACAUCUCAGCACCUGAAGUGGACAAGGAAGAGUCCUACCACCCCUCGUUCGACGAGGUCGAAAUAGAUAGCGCCGGAAACAUGAAGCUCGUGCGCGUUCGCAAGAAGCGCAAGCUCAAGGCCCCAGGCCCCACCCCCGAGGAGCUCGCUGCCCGCGAUGCUAGUAUUAAAACUCUUCUUUUAUCCAAACGCCUCAACUUCACGGCUCACACGAGCUGCGCUGAAAUCCACAGUUGGCUUGAGCACAUGAACAACAAAUACCUCGAAUGGCACAUCCACACCCGCCUCGUCACGUACACGGACCGCCGACGCAAACUCAACGAGAUUUCCCGCAUCAUCCGAGGCCCCCUCCCAGAGGCCUUCAAAAAGGCCGAAAAGAAGGACUGGAACCUCCCCUCGUGCCUUAGCAGCGGGCUCUACAGCGUCCGCACCACUGGUACCAUCUUGAUGUUCUGCGCGCCCAUCUGGAACCCAGUCCAGCUGCAGGGGCGCAUGGUCGCCUUCCACAACUACGUGAUUAUCUACAAGAACCGCACUCUCAUCCUCGCCGACCCGGGCUACAAGUUGGAGGCGAAGAACAUCGUUGACGGCGUUCCCGGGAAGUGGCGCGAGUGCGAGCUCACGUAUGGGCUGGGCCUUGCGGCGAAGUUCAUGGCGAUGGUGAGGAAGAAGUUUAAGGUGGAGAAGUGCUGGUAUGGGAAGGGGUCAAAGUUGCCCUAUGAUGAUACCAAUGGGAAUGUCUUGUCUCAGGACUUCAUUCUGCAGUAUUUGAAUGAGAAAGCGAGGGAGCAGAUUGAUUGGGAGAAGGAGGGGUUUGUCGAGCUUAUACCUUAA